GUUUUGUGAAGUUGUUGUUGUCACUGGAAGUUGUUGAGUUGAUCUGAGUUAUUUAUUAUUUUACCAUGACCGUGGAGGCUAUGGAAGUGUCUAACACGGACAAGGACAAGGACAAAGAUAAUGAAGGAGAGAAGAAAGAUCCAGACACAUUGACCUUAGAAGACCUGAAAGAGCAGAUCCGUUUAGUGGAGCGCAGUAUUGUCAGCAAAGAACCUCGUUUUGUCCUGCGUGUUCUUCGUGCAUUACCUGCCACAAGAAGAAAAUUGACACCUAAUGUUCUGCGACGCCUGGUUGCUGUUUAUUAUGGUCGUCCAGAAAGCAAACAGGAACGUGAAACUAUCUUGCAGUUUAUUGAGGAGCCCAUGGACUUGGAUUCUCCUCCACAAGGUCCUGUGGUACGCCAGCGUGGUCAGCUGGUGCUGGAGGUGGAUGUUUACAUUCAUCUGCUUGUACUUCUCAGACUCCUUGAUGUUAAUAACAAUGAAGAUGCCAUUAAAUGUUCUGAUUUGCUGAUGACAAAAGUAACUUCAGUAAACCGCCGCACUCUUGACCUCUUGGCUGCUCGCUGUUACUUCUAUCAUUCACAAGUCUACGAAGUCAACAAAAGACUGGAUGAAAUUAGAGGAUUUCUGCACCAGCGGUUGUGUCAAGCAACACUUCGUAAAGACCAUGAGGGACAAGCUGUUCUUAUCAAUUGCUUGCUGCGUAACUAUCUUCAUUAUUCUCUCUAUGACCAGGCACAGAAACUGAUCGUUAAGCUUGAAUUUCCUCAGCAGGCCAACAACAAUGAAGUGGCACGCUACCAUUAUUAUAUGGGACGUAUUAAGGGAAUACAACUGGAGUACUCGGAAGCCCACAAGCACCUGAUUCAAGCAUUACGCAAGGCUCCACAACAGACAGCUGUUGGUUUCAGGCAAUCUGUGCAGAAGUUAGCAGUUGUAGUUGAAUUACUACUUGGUGAUAUUCCUGAAAGACAGAUUUUCCGGCAAGCUAUCAUGCGUAAAGCCUUGGCUCCGUAUCUUCAGCUGACACAGACUGUUAGGCUGGGCAACCUGGUGCACUUUACCAACACACUUAAUGAGUACAAGAGUAAGUUCCAACAUGACCAUACAUUUAUGCUGAUUCUUCGCCUACGCCACAACGUAAUCAAGACUGGACUUCGAGCCAUCUCUCUCUCAUAUUCUCGCAUCUCUCUGGCUGAUGUAGCUUCAAAAUUAACCUUGGGGUCACGAGAAGAUGCAGAAUUCAUUGUAGCUAAAGCAAUCAGGGAUGGAGUGAUUGAGGCUGUGAUUGAUCAUGAGCAUGGCUACAUGCAGAGCAAGGAGACUGUAGACGUAUAUUGUACACGCGAGCCACAGUCAGUGUACCAUCAGCGCAUCUCCUUCUGUCUGGACAUCCACAACCAGUCUGUGAAGGCUAUGCGGUAUCCGCCCAAGUCAUAUAACAAGGAUCUGGAGAGUGCCGAGGAAAGACGAGAAAGAGAGCAACAAGAUUUAGAACUGGCAAAAGAAAUGGCAGAAGAAGACGAUGACGGUUUUCCAUAGAAUUAAUGGUGUCUAUGCAAGUGCUUGGGUAGAAAAUUCAAAUAGAAAAUUUCAUGGAAACAUUUACGAGUUCAGGAAAGUUUUUCAAUUUAGUUUCUUUUUAAAAUGUUAAUCACAGAAUUUGUCUUCAUAUUCAUUGUCUUUAAUGUAAAGUAUAUAUUAAAACUUGUGUUAAUAAAA